CGGGCCCCACCUGCCAGCGAUUACCUCUCGCGCAGCCACCCCGUCUCACAACGCGAGUAGAGAGGGAGGGGGCGAGCACGCCGCCCGCCGCCUGCGUCGUCCAUCGCCGCCUUCGGAGAAGGAGGAGGCCGGACCUAUGGCGGGCCGCGACGGAUUCGAGGACGAUAUCUUCAACCUCCCGCAGUCGUCGCCACCGCGUCGUCCGUCGCUGCCGCCGGAGAAGGAGGAGGCCGGACCCGGACCCAUGGCUGGCCGCGACGGAUUCGAGGACGACGACGUCAACCGCCUGCAGUCGCCGCCACCGCGUCGUCCAUCGCCGCCUUCGAAGAAGGAGGAGGCCGGACCCAUGGCGGGCCAAGACGGAUUCGAGGACGGCGACGUCAACCGCCCACAUUCGUCGCCCCCGCGACGUCCAUGGCCGCUGUCGGAGAAGGAGGAGGCCGGACCCAUGGCGGGCCGCAACGACUUCGAGGACGACGACGUCAACCCCUUCGCCGGAGGAAGCGUUCCCCCUGCCCCCAGUUCUCGGCUCUCACCUCUCUCCCACGAGCCAGCGGGUUUUUAUAAUGUGGACAUUCCUAUGGAUUCAACUAAGAUUCCUUCGUGGACAGAGUCAGCAGGCGGCGGGGCAACCGAAGUUCGUCUCUACAAGAGAUCAUCCUAUGGAUCGGCGCUGAUUCAAAUAGCAGCUCUUGCCCCUGUUGCACCACCCCGAGCUGUGGAGGGCGGCUCCGAUGACCCCGACCAAGAGUUCGCCGGCGAGCCUGCUCUGUAUCUGGCAGUGGUCCAAGACGGCCACACCAUCGACAUCGCGCGGCUGCUAUUCCACGGCGGCGAGCCUGCGCUGGAAGUGGACAUGGCCGAGGACUACUAUGCAGCGGCGGAAUUCAGUUCCAGCGAAGACGACCGGUCCCUCCCCCUCGACGACUAUGGGAUGGUGAAAUCCAGCUCCAGCGAAGAUGACUGGGCCCUCCCAUCACUAGGUGGUGCUAUGUCCUUUUUGGGAAGGCUGGGGUGCAAGGAGUACUCGGGGAUUGGGGAUGGGGACUGGGACAGGGAUGAGGAUGAUGAGGAUGAGGACGAGGAUAUGGAUGCGGAUGAGGAAAAGGAUGAGACUGAGAAUGUGGAUGGGGUGGAUGAGGAUGUAGCAGUUUCUGGAGGUUAUGAUAGUGGAGGUGAUUGCAAGGAGGGUGAUGGAGAGGAGGAGGAACAUGGGGAUACUCACCAAGAUACAAUUAAGCUUCGAGUUUGGCCAGCACAGAAGCACCUGCUGCUUAAAUUUUUUAGCGAAGGCAAUGAUUGCAAGAUUUUUAAGUGCCUUGUUUCGGGUAGUAAAUGUGCUGUUAAGUGUAACCCUUUGCAUCCAUCUUGCAUCGAAGAGCCUAGGGAGGUUAAUAUCAUUUCAAGUUUAAGGAAUGGGCGCAUUAUGAUGCUUUAUCAGUCCUGGAUAGAGCCAUGGAACUACAAAAGGCAUCCUCGACAAGAAGAUUACCUGUUUCUCCAUCUAGAGCUCUGCUCAAGCACAUUGGCGAAUGCACUUUUGCCUGAAAAGUUUGACACAAUUCCGGAUAGGUGGAAACUUUUCGAAGAGAUAGUAAGAGGUGUCGAAACACUGCAUAAUGAAUUUAUUGUGCACCGGGAUCUCAAGCCAGAUAACAUAUUUCCUGGCCAUGAUCAUGAAGUCCGAAUUGGAGACUUCGGAGAUGCCUGUUGUGGCCAAGAUGAAUUCGGAAAAUAUGGUGGUAUGCCUAACUGCGGGACAAAAAGUUAUUUGGCGCCAGAGCUAGACAGUGGUGAGAAGAUAACCGAGAAGGUGUUAUACUCAGUUGGUGUAAUGUUUUUUGAGCUGCUGACACCUUUUACUACUGGACUUGGGAGAAUGAAAGCAUUUGAGAAGCUGCGAGAUGAAGGGCCUCCGGAUGGCUGGAAGGGUGACCAUGAGGGCGACCGCGAAUUCUAUGGUAGAAUGACUGCUUUGGUACCUGCUGACCGGCCUUCGGCGGACGGUUUAUUUUUGCGCUCACAAUAAUAGUACCAACGAGGAUAUGAAAAAAAAUCUGACAUCUUUAUAUGCAGAUGUAUAUUGAGCAACAACGUUGAUGGACUGCAAUGCAAAAGUUGUGAACAGCCGGCUGUAGAACUAGAAAGGUUGGGAGAGGAGACGGCUGCGGCAACAAUCUGUGUGGCUAUUGAAGUGGAAAAGCUCAGAGAAGAGUCUUGUAUUUCUGUCUCUGUUCGAUAACACCUGUAGAUAUGAUGUAACUAACUUGUCCGGUCCUUUGGAGUCUAGCCGCUCGCGUGCCUCGCAUGCACCUGAUGUAACUAAAUAGUAAGUCCUUUGGAGUAUACCAGCUCGCGUGCCUCUCAUGCACCUGCGUCUCUGGCAUUCUUCUAAACACAGCCACGGGUUUACGUUUGCAUGUAAUCUAGCCUCGCCCUAGUUGA